AUGAAAGGAAACUUGGAAAUUGUUCAGAUGUUGGUGGAGUCAGGUGCUCUUUUGGACAGACAAACUAAAGAUGGCAGAACAGCUUUAUAUUUAGCUGUGCAAGAAGGGCAUGUUGAUGUUGUUGAAUAUUUGACGGAUCAAUACCCAAAAGCAUUGUUGAUAGAGACAAAUUCAGGUCGUUUACCCACGCAAGCGGCCGCUGCUUUGUCCUCACCUUUGUCAAAAGAAGGCUAUGAAAUAACUCGCUAUUUACUGUCUCAUUCAUCUGGUCUUACAAUCAAUGACGAUGGCAGCAAUAGCUUGAUAGGACAUCGUGAUAAAUCAGGCCGAGAUAUUUUGCUUGAUGCUACUGUAUCACAAAAUUUAGAAUUAUUGCAGUUUCUGUUGAACCAAGGAGGAGCUGAUGCCAAUGAUAUUGACUCGUUGGGCCGAACGAUGAUGCAUCAUGCUGCCAUAAUGGGGCAUUUGGAUGUUUUGAAAUUGCUAAGUAAAAUCGAAGGAGAACUACAAUGGAAUGCAACGGAUACAUGGGACUCUUGGACUCCUUUGAUGCAUGCAGCGAAGGAAGGACAUGAGGAAGUCGUAAGGUAUUUGGUAGAGGUUAUUAAAGUCGAAACAUACCAGAAGGAUAAACAAGGAAGGACAGCAAAGGAUUUAGGUAUUUGUUUGUUCAUGUAA